UUGGCUUGCGUUAGCAGUGCGCUUGCAGCGCCUAUAGAGUACAAUGCGGUCUACGCGCAUGCGCCUAUAGCGUUGCACGCCAUCCACGCACCGGUCGCCGUCGCCGAGCCGGUUUCUUACCCAAAAUACGCUUUCAACUAUGGUGUUAAAGAUCCACACACUGGCGACGUUAAAUCGCAGCAAGAGGAGAGGGACGGCGAUGUAGUCAAAGGUAGUUACUCAUUAGUGGAACCAGACGGUACGACACGCACUGUCCAUUACUCAGCGGAUGACCACAAUGGCUUUAAUGCAGUUGUACAGAAGUCCGGGCACGCCGUACAUCCGCAAGUGGCAAUCGCACCUGUGGCUCACUAUGCCCCUGUAGACCACUACGCCGCUGUUCAUGGUAUUGGUAUAUCCCCAUAUUCGUUACAUUAA